AUGAGUAAAAAUUUUGAAAUGAACAUAGCUGGUGAACUGACUUUCUUUCUAGGUCUCCAAGUGAAACAACUUAAUGAUGGGAUUUUUAUAUCUCAAUCAAAAUAUGCAAAGGAGCUAGUUAAGAAGUUUAGUAUGAAAGAUUCAAAGCAUAUUCAAACUCCUAUGAGUACUUCAUCCAAAUUGGAUAGAGACUCUGAUCCUAACAAUGUUGAUCAUUUCUUGUAUAGGAGUAUGAUUGGCUAUACUGAUGUUGAUUGGGCUGGUAAUAAGGAUGAUAGAAAGAGUAUUUCAGGUGAUUGUUUCUAUGUUGGUACUAAUCUUGUUUCAUGGUACAGCAAGAAGCAAAAUUGCAUAUCAUUAUCGUCUUAUGAGGCUGAAUACAUUGCUGUAGGAACUUGUUGCACACAAUUGCUUUGGAUGAAACAGAUACUUCUGGAUUAUGGAGUUAAUCAAGAUCAUAUGUUUUUGGAACUUGGUGGUGAUUUUACUACACUUACUAAGUUUGUGGAACUUCAAAGAAUUGAUCUUGGUUAUUUCUGUUGA